AUGAUUAGAAAUAUAUUUAGUAGAAGGAUAACGUAUUAUUUAUCGAAAGUUAAUUGUAAAAAUAAUACUAUUAAUUUUAAGAGUAAUAAAAUAAAUUGCCGUCGGUAUUCAAACCAAAGCCAUUACCGUACGUUUGAAGAAUAUCAAGCAGCUAGAGCCAAGCGUCAACAAUAUCGAGUACGUACCACAGCAUUUUAUUUUAGCAGUGUAGCAAUUGUUGGUUUAGGAAUUUCGUAUGCUGCUGUUCCAUUAUAUAGAGCUAUAUGUGCCAGAACAGGGUUUGGUGGUAUUCCUAUAACAGACAAGAGGAAAUUUACUGAUGAUAAAUUAAUUCCUGUAGAUACUGAUAAGAGAAUUCGUGUGAGCUUUACCAGUGAAGUUUCAAAGAUAUUACCUUGGGAAUUUACACCUUUACAACGAGAAGUCUAUGUAUUACCUGGUGAAACUGCACUAGCAUUUUAUCGUGCCAAGAAUAAGAGUAAGACAGAUGAUAUAAUAGGGAUGGCUACAUAUAGCAUAACCCCUGGUGGUUCAGCACCAUAUUUUAAUAAGAUUCAAUGUUUCUGUUUUGAAGAACAAAUGCUGAAAAAGGGUGAAGAAGUAGAUAUGCCUGUAUUUUUUUUCAUAGACCCUGAAUUUGCAAGUGAUCCAUCUAUGAGAAAUAUCGAUGAUAUUAUCUUACAUUAUACAUUCUUUAAGGCUCACUAUAGGAAAGGUGAUGAGGGAAAGAUAUUAUACCCAAGUUCAAGUUAG